AUAAUUUAAUAUCAAGUCUUACUAAUUUUAAUUUAAUAAAAAUGAUAGAAAAUUGUUAAAAGUAUCUUGGUGCGAUAUAGUAAUGUUAUUUUUAAGUAUACUUUUGUCGUUUUGUGUAUAUGUGUUGUGUCAAGUUAUGAAGUUUUCAUUUUUAUUUUAUUAAUUUUACCGAAGGAACUGCUGGUUUGCUGGGCCUCCCACGUGAGUGAUUUUUGUUAACACAAGUAACAGUGUUUGGACCAUCGUUCUAAGUAGUCAAUGCUUUUGCUUUAGUUUGCUUUGCAAUUUUCAGUUCUUCAGCCUAGCAUUACUGCUCAACUGCUUCCCUAGUCGCUUUCCUAUCAGACUACAGAUGCUCUUAACACUUAGGACUUAUUAAAACACAUAAAUACUCACUCAUCAAACAAAAUUUUGGGUUGAGUUGUUAUCUCUUCAAACAAAAUCAUCCAUGGAUCUCACGAGCCCCAGAUACUUUCAUGCUCCAUCUUCUACGUUUACUAAUACUGCCACUGGGGAGCAGCCAUUGGAGACCAAUGCAAGCUUUUAUGGGAGAACCAAGAGCAACCCUUUUGUAGAAACCUUCCCCGACCCACUUUGCAAGCUUAAUCUUAAAGAAACCUCUGAGUUUGUCAAGUCCUUUCCUUUGCCACAUGGUGGAACGGAAAGCAACAGGGUUUUUCGUGAGAGUUCAACUCAGAGGAGAACAGAGGUAGUAGGAGUCAACUCAGUUGUUACCCAGAGAAGAUUUGAAGCUCCUCCUACACCAGGAAGACCUGUUUUUAGCUUCAGUGCUGGAAAUCUUUCAAGAAAAAGUUUUCCUUCGAAGUGGGAUGAUGCAGAAAAAUGGCUCAUAAGUAGCUCUUGUCAUGAAUCCCCUGCUCAUACUAUAAAGCCCUCAGAUUCUGUUAGAACAGCCAAGCCAAGUGACUACAACUAUAAGCAGCAACAAGUCGAGGUCUUUUCUGAUAAAUCAAGGGUCACCGAAGAAAAAGUCUCAAAAAAAGAAUUCUCGAGCUUCCACUGCUCUGUGUCUUUGGAUAAUCAUAACUCUGUCAGAGCUUUCGAUGGGGUAUCAUGUUCAACUGAUAAUGUCUUUCUAAAAGACAAGUUCACGGACGAUGUAGAACCAGUAUUGCCCAAGUUCAGAACCUCAGAGUCAAGUAAAGAAGGAUUCCUAUUCAAAAACUCAGCAUGUGAAACCAUGAAAAGCACAGGCACAGAAAUGGUUCAACACAGAGAUGUUGGGACAGAAAUGACUCCUCUUGGAAGCUCAACAACAUCAAGGUGCCACACACCUUUCGUGAUCUCAUCCCCUGCGCGGCACAACACGCCAGCGGAUAGGUCUGGACCAUUGGGUUUGGAGCACUCUAACAGCACCAGCAGCACCAUUGACAUUGCUCAGUUGCAGGAGUGCCAUUUAGCCAAGCUUCAACUUGGCACACAUUAUGAUUCGGUUACUUCCAAUUGGAGUUCUAGGCAAGAAGAGGAGGAGGAGAUAUCAAAGAGCCUUAGGCAUUUUGAGAUUGACAACGUCAGUGGCUGCCAAAAAAAUGGUCCUGAAUCCAGAGCUGUUGCAUGGGAAGAGGAAGAAAAAACUAAAUGCUGCCUCAGUCUCAUCAGGUAUCAGAGGGAAGAAGCCAAGAUUCAAGCUUGGGUUAAUCUCCAAAGUGCAAAAGCAGAAGCUCAAUCAAGAAAGCUCGAGGUGAAGAUACAAAAGAUGAGAUCGAAUUUGGAGGAGAAGUUGAUGAAGAGGAUGGCGAUUGUUCAUAGAAAAGCCGAGGAGUGGAGAGAAACCGCACGACAGCAGCAUUCGGAUCAAAUUGAAAAGGCGUCGGUACAUGCACAGAAGAUGGCGAUUCGCCAUCACUCUCACCUCUCUUCUACCACCUCUUGUGGUUGCUUUCCAUGCAAUAAUCACUUUCGCUAGUGAAAACAAUAAUAAAUGUAUAAGAUAGAUAAAGAACAACAUUCUUCUUGUGCUCAACACCAAAUCAAAAAAGGGAAUGAGAAAAAAGAAAAAUCCCUGUUUUUUGCAUUGAUCAAAGGGAAAAGCUAAAAUAGCUAUAGUUGGUUGUUCUCACGAGGCUUGCUAGCUAGAGUUGCUCAGUGCUGCAUAGGUCUUGAUUUUGACAUCUUCAUUGUACAGAUUUUGCAUAUAUUGAGUUUCUUUUUCAUUUAUUAUAUUGUGGGAAAA